UGUCAUUAUUUAAACAGAUUUUUUUAAGAUAAUCAGCUAAUGUAUGUUAAAGAUCCGUUUAAAUAAUGACAGAAGUAGAGAAGAAAAUAUUUUUAAAGGCCGUUAAAUAUAAGGGAAUUUUUACAGAAUAGACCCCAUUAUGAGUGAUAAUUGAACGGCGACCUUUACUAUUUGAAAAUUUUAAGCCAGUAAACAAACCUUCUAUAAAUGCCUGACGAGCAUUUGUAACAUGUUUAUCUUGCCAAAGUUUUGUUUACAAAAUGUCCUUCAUUUAUCCAUGUUUCAUCCAAAUAAAAAAUAUUUUUGUCUUCUAUUCUAAUUUCCCUUAAAUAUUGCCUCCUCCAACAAAUAAUUUCAUCUUCCUCUAUGAGCGCAGAUUUUCUAUCGUUCUUUUUCCAAACGAAGUCUAAUUCAUGUAAAGUUUUCCACAAUAUGUCUCUUUUAGGCAAGGCGCAAAUUGAGACACGUAUAGCACGUGUGAGGUGACGUGACACGAGAGACACGACUCGUACGUGCUACAUGUGCUGCGUGGUGAUCCGCAUAUUGAGACACACGGUUUCAAAUAGGAAACGGCGGGGUUUGGAUUUGAUUGGACAUUUUUGACAAACAAACGAAACAAUGUCUGGUAUCUAUGGUCUGGUAUUAUUGAACUCAAGUUCUGAAACAGAAUCGGAUGAUACUGAAGAGGAAAUGUUGUUUUAUUCCUUGAUGAAAAAGAAAUUUAAAUCCCUUAAUAAAUUUAUUCUGUCGAAGAGAAAAAACAGUGGACAAUUUACAAUUACAACUAAAAUAAGUGAUGCUGAUUUUACUAAUUAUUUCCGAAUGAAUCGGAACCAGUGUGCUGAAGUACAUGAGAUGAUCCGACAAGGCAUCACCCCAAAUCCGAUUUUUUCAGUAACUCAAAGCCAUUUCUUAAAUCCCAGUGACAUUACUACAGGGGAUAUAUUGUGGAUGCAAUGGCGAGUAAUCAUCCUGAUACCUAACUCGAAAUUGUCUGUCGGUUGAGUAUGAUUUAAGAAAUAAAUAAAACUCUUGCGAAAUUUUAUUUUUUAAUUUAUAUAGCACACCUUAUCUUGGCUUCGAGGUCUCUUCUAAUUUUAUCUACCACUGGAUGCACCUGUUCAGCAAUCAUUAUGAUAAAUUUUAUUUUGAAAAUAAUUCAAUGAAUUGACUUCAUUUUGUUUUGACACUCAUAUCAAUAGUUGUCAUUACGACACUUGUUUUACAAUAAAAUCAUAUUAAGGAAGCAACUAGAUUCCAUUACUUUUUGCAAAUAAUUUUGUAAUAUUAAAAUUAUAAUUUUUCUGCGAUGUUUUGUUUUUAUUAAUAUUCUUUAACGUUAUUUAUUCAGUAUAGCAGAUAGGUAACAAUCUGUCCUAAAAUAAAUCGGAUUAUCAUAGACUUACCUCUAUAUAACUUACAAUUUUAGCUUUGGCUAACUUGUUGACAUUAUGAAUUUCUCUUAGCACUUAAUUUAAUGGUUAUUUAUUUUCAUUUCCAUAUUUAUUUAAUUUAAAAAAAUAUUUUAUGAAGGUCCUCAGCCAUUAACUAAUUAAAAUAAACUCCAAGAAAAUAUAU